GUCAGUCGGUAAGCCGUUGCGCGUUGGACGAGUCGAAGACGUUUGGUCGCGCGACUGGAGCCUUGAGGAGCGUGUGCGAGUAGUGUGAUUCGGGGUCUGUUUUUUUGUUGGUUGUUGCGUUCGUUCGCUGUGCGGGAUCCGACGCACGACAGGAUCUCGGAUACGUUCAUUCAACCGUUUGUCGUGCCGCCGUGUAGACGCAAUCGCUCGUUUGGUCUAGUGGUGCACCGAGAACACAACGCAUCAUCUCCAGGAUCUUCCUGUGCUGUUGAGCAAGUGCCUCCGGUUAAUCUGGUGCAGAAUCGUCUCGGGAAAGGUCGUUCAUUAUUAAGUGGCCGCCGCUGGUGAACAUCAUAGUCGGUGCGUUCCAGUACACAGGUGGUACACGGUCUCGCGAAGUUCAAGGGGUCGGGAAAACCCGCAUGAAGUGAUGCCCACUGUCCCGCGUCUGCAUCCAGAUUGAAGAUUGAAGUAUAUAAGCCAGGAUCACUUCCGAUCGGGGAGUUAGUCGGUCCGAGAAUAGCAUCAGUUACACAUACCCGAGCAACUUCAGGUUGUGGCCAGCGAUUUUCUUCCAAGUUUGCUUCAACCCAAAACCCUAAACGGAAAAAAGGAUCAAAGUUUUUCUUUUUUAAACGUCCACUCGUCUUCUUUUCGGUGUUGGCCUGUGAUCAUCUGAGUGAGAUGCUGCAAACAGUGUUGACUAUAGGAAGUAGUAACGAUCAGGGAGAUCAAGUACAGUUUAGCAGAGCAUCGAUUAGGGUGCAACCGUGUUAGCCAGUGCUGCCCGAAGUGUGUGAUCCAUUCUUGAUAAGCAGGAAAAGUGAUUGUCUGAAGAUUUCUAGCUGUUCCUUAGUUGGAUAUCAUUCGUGGUGAUAUCUCAACGUAAACCGUCAAAAGAUAGUUCGUCGGGAGAAAAAAUAAAGCUAGUCAAGUGCAGUGUUUGGAGAGCGUUCGAGUGUGCCUGUGUGCGUGAUCGAGUGAAAAUAAAUAGUGAUUCUUCAGUGCUGUUUGGUUCGGUGUUCUACGGUAGACGGAAGUGACUUGACCUGGUGAGAAGUUUUAUUCGCAUAGAACAGCCGCUGCCUUUUUGAAGGAAAUUACUAUUGGAGCCUAGCUAAUCAUCGGUGCACCAAUACAGAACGCCACCCAGCUCCGACCAGCAGUAGAUGCGCUCCGCCAGCAAACAGCAAGCGCAAGCGAGCGAACCACCAUCGACAGCUGCUGGGAACCGUUGCCGGGACCACCGCCGAACCUUCACGUCCCGCGCCCUAAGCAAGGCCAACGGCCCCCGCCCCUCACAUCCCUAGCUGACCGUCGUGCUGUGCGCUCGGAACCGUCCCCACGCCACACCGGAUACGAUGGGAUUGCACAAAAACUACUUCAAAGUUGGACAGAAUGCUAGCAAUCAGCUGUUUGGUUUGCCACCCGGCCAGGGUGGACCGACGCCGCUAUCGAUGCUCAUUUCGCAAGGAGCGAAGUUUAACAGCAAUCGCGUAGCGGUAAUUAUAUUUGGAAUUGUCACCCUCAUUGCCGGUGUUAUACUGUCGUCCGUGCCUUGGCUAAACAUUUUCAUCAUGAAGAACCUGAGACUGUGGAACGGCACGAUAAGCUUCCACUACUGGCAGCGGCCCGGCGUGACUAGGCUAACUAAGGUGUACAUAUUUAAUGUUACUAAUCCGGAGGGAUUCCUCACCGGUGAAAAGCCAAAACUAGUUGAAGUAGGACCAUUCGUGUAUAGGGAGGAUAUGGAGAAAGUGAACAUCAAGUUUCACGACAACUACACCGUGACGUACCAGCACAAGAAGAUUCUGCAGUUCGUUCCUGAGCUUAGUGUAGAUAAGAACCUUCGCAUUACGACACCAAAUAUUCCACUGCUGACCAUCUCCACCCAAAGCAAGUACCUCAGCUUCUUCGUCGCAAAGACGAUCUCGGUAAUAUUAACGGCGACCAAAUACAAACCGUUCAUUUCACUGACGGCCGACGAGCUGGUAUUUGGUUACGACGAUACGCUCGUCAGUUUGGCCCAUCGAUUCUAUCCCCGAAAUCGACGACCUAUGGAAAAGAUGGGCCUACUAAAUGGGAGAAACGGAACACUGACGGAGUACGCCACGAUGCACACGGGCCAUACGGGUAUGGAAAAGUUUGGAUACUUUGACAAGCUGAACGGGUUGGACCACUUGCCGCACUGGGACGGUGAACCCUGCCGCAGCAUACAGGCGUCCGAGGGUAGCUUCUUCCCACCGCGAGACCUCACGAAGAAGGAUACGGUGUACAUCUACGAUAAGGAUCUGUGCCGUACGCUGCCGCUGGUUUAUCGGGAACCGGUCGAGAAGGAUGGAAUAUCUGCCGAUCUGUACACACUCGCCGAGGAUGCUUAUGGACCGCCGAACGAAAACAAUAGCUGCUUUGACCAUGACCACUACAAGAAAUAUUACGGACUGCAGAACAUUAGUCCAUGCCAGUAUGGUGCACCAGUCUACAUUUCAAACCCCCACUUCUACCAGUCCGAUCCACAGCUUCUGGACGCCGUCGAAGGUCUCCAGCCCGAUCCCGAGCAGCACAAAACGUACUUCAAAAUACAACCCAAACUGGGCGUCCCACUCGAGGGUCAGGUGCGGGUACAGCUCAAUCUUCUAGUCGAGAAAGCUCCGAACGUGAUGGCAACCAAAGACUUUCGGGAUUUCGUAUUUCCCAUCAUGUGGCUCGAGGAGGGUGUCAGUGAACUAACGCCACCGAUCCGCCGAUGGAUCUACCUGGCGACGGUGUUCGCCCCAACCGCCCUGCCCAUCCUAUCGUACGGCAUGAUCCUAACCGGCGCGUUCGCGAUGAUCUACGUGUUCGUCCGGGCGUACAAGAACUUUGUCUUCACGGACGACCCAACGACGGAGCUGCUCGAGAUGGGCCGGCGAUCGCUUCGCCGCGGCAGCCAUCUGAUCAGUAACGGACAGCACCGGAUACUGCACCGAGACAGCUACAUCCUGCUUAAGGCCAACGGGGGCACUACGAUGGUCGCGCCAACGGCAGCGGAAGCAGCAGCCGAGCAGGAGAAUCUCGUGGGGACGGAAAGCAGUAAUAGCAGCAGUAACAGCAGCAGCACCAACAAUAACAAUCAUCUGCUUCACAACCACAACCUGCUGCACAGUCAUCAUCAUCUGUACAUUCAACCGAAGGACCAAAGUCUACUAUCGGAGGAGGACUCGCCUGCCUAAGCCACUCAUCGCACAGCACAAUCGAUCCCUCCGUUUAGAUGUUUUUUUCCCACUUAUAUGAGUUUAAUUUUCCUUGAAACGAUCGCGAAAAGGUCCCCCUUCGUUUUCCUGCCCAUCUCACCACAGAACUACUACUACCCCAAUUACCCCGCCCCAAUUACUCCGCGAUCGUUUCAAACGGUGAUAGAGACUGCUGAUUAUUUAAAUUAAUUACCUUUCCCAACUACGCCACACUCAUACAAAAACCAGCCCAUCGACUAUGUGUGCCCUUACUACAUUCCCACUAGUGUGCAAAACUUCUUCGUUCUUCGCUUACCUAUAAGUAGAGAUAAUAUUGUUUAAGCCCAAUGUCGUAACGGUGGGCGUGAAACGUUCUACCCCGUUUUGCGCACUGCCAUCCAAAACCAAUUUCAAACGUACUACGCGCCUGACUGUGCUCCACAUUACACAUUAAGGGUUGAACCUGGAACCUGGAGGGACAGGGUUAAGAAGUGUUUGUGUGUAAAGAAAAAAAUGUGUUAAGGUAAAAAAGUGACACUGAUUUCCUUUAGAACUAUGAAAUUUUAUGAAUUAGGAGUAAAAAUUGAUAAAACAAACGCACACACAAAAUAAUGCUCAAAAAACCCCAAAUGUGAGGAAGUGUUUGCUCAAUCGUUAAGUCAGAAAACAGUGAUAGCUCAAUUUCUUUGCUAUGUGUGUGGAACAACUCUUGUAUUGGGAUAAUGCUAACAACAACUAAAAAGAAACGAGCGAGCUCCUAGUAUGAUUUCGGCAAAGUAAUUUCCAAAUCCUUUUCCUUGUGUUUAGUGCGUAAGUAGCGUAGUAAGUAGAUAGUAAAAGCAUACAGAAAAGGAGCCGAAAACGUGCGUAAGGUAGCUAUGAAUCAUUUUAAAAAAAAACAAACGAAUGUGUACCACAGAUUGUAAAUAGACGUGUAAUUGUUUUAUUCAUAUGUAAAUAAAGAGUUUUUCCAAUUUUUUGACUAAAACA